UGAAGGCAUAUUUAGUCUUCUGUGUAUCUGUAGUCACUGCUGCUACGAUGUCAAAUUCCAGUGUUUUGAAGUGGGUUUUUGAUUUAUGUUAUAAAACGGAAUUAUGUCCUACUUAAAAGACAUUCCAAACAACUUAACCAAAUGGGAUCUGUCAGAAGAUUCGUUGGCACCGUUAACCGAUCUUCAAAGGGAAUGUUUAUUAAAUUUAGAAGACGAAUUAUCUUCUAUUAAUGAGGCGAAAAUAGAGUUACAUGAAAAAGAGAAACCGGCACAAAUAGAACAGUAUCAAGAUCUGUUAGAAUAUUAUGCCAGCUUAGAAAAAAAAUGUAUGGGUAGAAAAGAUAUGAAAUAUAUAUUAUAUCUUAAGGAACUUGAAGCUCGGAGAUUAGAGUGUCAUGAACUCUGCCUCCAAAUAGAAGAAGCAUUAGAAGAUUUUACAAUGUUGUAUAAACAAUAUUCUGAGGUUUCAGAAAAAACUACAUCUUUGUAUGAUGCUAGUGAACAACUUGAUUCUGAUCAAAGAAGAUUAAAUUCCAUUAUAGAGAACAUCACAGAAUAUGUAAAAUAUUUCAAAGAUGUUGAUAUGAUGAUGGAAAAAUUGGAGGCACCCACGUUAUGUGUAAAUAGUGAAAUGUUUUUUAAUAUAUUAGAUAAAAUUGAUAAAAAUAUUGAUUUUUUGCAGAAUAAUCCUUCGUUUAAAGAAAGUAAUACUUAUUUAAUGAAAUAUAAACAUUGUCAGUCAAAGGCAAUAUCUAUGAUGCAAAAUUAUAUUUUUAAUUUAUUUAGUAAAACUACAGAAAGUAUUUUGAAUUUAAAAGAUAACGAUGGUUCCCAAGAUAAUGCAGAUGCAGCCUUGGCACUUUUUUAUGGAAGAUUUCAAACUAUUUUAUCAAAAGUUAAAUCUGUUAUAGAACAGAUUGAAAUGAAAUCAUACAAACGACAAGAAUAUGAUAGUCUAUUAUCAGAGUGCCAUCAAUAUUAUUGGAGUCAGAGAGGAUUAGUAUUGGGCAGUAGUGUGCAAAAAUCUCUGAUGUCUGUAAAGGAAAAGUACAACGGUGAUCACUGUAGUUUAGUAAGAAAUUCGUGUGCAUUAUUACUACAUGCAUCAAUGGAUGAAUAUAAAUUAUUUUAUGAAUUCUUUUCAAAGCCAUCCAAUGGUUUAACUACAUAUCUUGAGAGUUUAUGUACUUCCUUAUAUGAUACAUUAAGGCCAUUUAUUAUUCAUAUUAAUCAUUUGGAAACUUUAGCAGAAAUUUGUUGCAUCUUGAGAAUUGAAAUGUUGGAUGAACAUGUACAAAAUAAUCUUGAACCUUUAGAAGGGUUUGGAAAUAUUUGUUUACAAUUACUUCAUGAUGUACAAGAAAGACUUGUGUUUCGUGCACAUCUCUAUUUACAAUCUGAUGUUUUAAACUAUAGUCCAUCACCAGGUGAUUUAGCAUAUCCAGAAAAAUUAAAAAUGAUGGAAGAUAUUGCAGAAUCCCUAAGGGAAGAAUCUAGACAAACAAGAAUGAAAAAGAUAUCUAUAUCAUCUAAUAGUGAUAAUAUUGCAGAGUCUGUUUCUAGAAAUCAUAUUGAAAUAGAUUCUAUCUAUCAGAAAACACAUAUGGGUAAUUCACCAGCAGAUCUUCAUGGAAUGUGGUAUCCUACUGUACGUAGAACAUUAGUUUGUUUAUCAAGAUUGUAUCGCUGCGUAGACAGGUCUGUUUUUCAAUCUUUAAGUCAAGAAGCAAUAUCUCUUUGUGUUCAAAGCAUAGAGAAUGCAAGACAAGAAAUUGAAAAAAGAGCAUCACUUUUAGAUGCAGAACUUUUUCAAAUAAAGCAUUUGUUAAUAUUACGUGAACAAAUUGCGCCAUUUCAAGUUGAUUUUACCAUCAAGGAAUAUAGUUUGGACUUUUCUAAAGUUAAGACAGCAGCAUUUGGUUUAUUAGAAAAAAGUUCAAGAUUUUUCACUUUAUCAAACAAUUCAUUGUUAGAAUUUUUAUUGGAAGGUACACCACAAAUGAAGGAACAACUGAUAGAUUCAAGGAAGCAUGUUGAUAAUAAAUUAAAGUAUGCUUGCCAGCGUCUAAUACAACAUGCAACGUUUUCAUUGAUACAUCCAAUUUUAAAGUUGCUAGAAAAGGAGAAAUCGUAUGUUAAUGCCAGUAAUCAAAAUAUAUCUCAAGAGCAUGCUCUUGGAAGUGCGCAGGAUGUUGCCGCAGCAAUUAGCGAAGUAUUACGGAUAAUUAAGUUCAAAUGUCCGGAAAUCCAACAACUGAUGCAGUUAUAUCUAUCUAAUAAGGAAACUGAGUUUAUUCUGUUUAGACCAGUAAAAAAUAACGUGUGCGCUGCAUUUACACAGUUAUAUCAGUUAUUGAGUAAGUAUUAUAAUUCAGAGGAGCUUCAAUUAAUUGCAUGUCCUUUACCAGAACAAAUUUCUGUUAUGUUGAGUUCAUCUAGCCUUGUACAUGGAAAAAGUACACAAACUACUGUAAAGAAAACAUAGCCAAAAGAAAGUUUUUAUAAUUAGGUACUGUAUGUUAAUAUUAUUUUUAAACUGUUAUCAAAUUAUUAAUUGUUUUUAGACGCUUGUUCUUAAAAUAAAUAUUAAUAUAUAACAAAUGUUUUAUACGUUAAAAUAAAUUAUGUAAAAUGUACAUAAAGGCCUUGAAACUUCAUGUCGAGUAGUUCGAGCGAGAAUUUAUGUUAUCCUUUGUUUGAAAAAUAUUACACAACUAGUACUCAACGAAUUACCGACUUAUCGACUCAACUUCCGACAGUCGGUAAUCGACCCUUCGGCGGUCGGUAAGUUAACGAAUAGUUUGCGCCGCUUUUAUAUAGAUGGCGUAAUGGCCGAUUGCUUGGGGUAUUAGGGACCCCGAAGUACGGGUGAUGAUUAUAUAUCGACAGUAUGGCAUCGGGGUGUCAGGGACCCCGGCGCAUCGGUGGCGCUCUCUGCAUACCGACGUGAUUUCAUCUUGGGAUGUCAGGGACCCCGGCGAUUCUAGGCGCCGACAAAAUAUGAUCUUGGGGUGUUAGGGACCCCGGUGACUCUCUGUGCACCGACCUAUUUCUGACGACGUAUAAAGCGUAUCUCUAACCAUACUAGUUCUCAAGUUGAAAAGGGACACGUAUGGACGACUUUGCGCUUUAUCUGUAUAUAU